AUGGCUCUGGGGCUGCUCAUCGCGGUGCCGCUGCUGCUGCAGGCGGCACCCCCCGGAGCGGCGCACUACGAGAUGAUGGGCACCUGCCGCAUGAUCUGCGACCCAUACAGCGCCUCACCCGGCGGUGGCCCUGCGGGCGCCAAGGCGCCGCCGCCGGGACCCAGCACUGCUGCCCUGGAAGUCAUGCAGGAUCUGAGCGCCAACCCUCCGCCCCCUUUCAUCCAGGGGCCCAAGGGCGACCCGGGGCGACCCGGCAAGCCAGGGCCGCGGGGGCCCCCUGGAGAGCCAGGCCCGCCCGGACCCAGGGGUCCCCCGGGGGAGAAGGGCGACUCAGGGCGGCCCGGGCUGCCAGGGCUGCAGCUGACGUCGGGAGCAGCAGGCAGUGUCGGGGUGGUGGGUGGCGGAACCGGGGGCGGCGGCGACUCUGAGGGCGAAGUGACCGGAGCGCUUAGCGCCGCCUUCAGCGGUCCAAAGAUCGCCUUCUACGUGGGUCUCAAGAGCCCCCACGAAGGCUACGAGGUUCUCAAGUUCGACGACGUGGUCACCAACCUCGGCAAUCACUACGACCCCACUACUGGCAAGUUCAGCUGCCAGGUGCGCGGCAUCUACUUCUUCACCUACCACAUCCUUAUGCGCGGCGGCGACGGCACCAGCAUGUGGGCAGACCUCUGCAAGAACGGGCAGGUCCGGGCCAGCGCCAUCGCGCAGGACGCUGACCAGAACUACGACUACGCCAGUAACAGCGUGGUGCUGCACCUCGAUUCUGGGGACGAGGUGUACGUGAAGCUGGAUGGCGGGAAGGCGCAUGGAGGCAAUAACAACAAGUACAGCACGUUCUCGGGCUUUCUUCUAUACCCGGACUAG